AUGCCGCAAGACACCGACGGGCUCAACCCUUUAGUGUGGGACCCAUCGUGGACCUCACUGCUACAGGAUGAAGGUACUAGAGGGCUGAACCGCGCUCGUACCCAGGCCCUCGAGGACUGGGUAGUCAAACUUCGAUUCACAAGAGACGGCGAUAUCAAGCUUGGAACAGGCUUCUACAUCAAUAUCCCUACGGCGAAAUCAUACGUCAUCUUGACAGCCGCGCACAACUUGGUCGAUGCGAACAACAAUCCGUCCCAGAACCUUUCUGUCGAGCGCCAUGGAAAAGGUGCUAUCGAUGCGACUGGGCUUCAACGGCACGUAUGUCCUGCAUACAAUCAAUCUCGCAAAGGGCGGGAUUCUGAUAAUGAUUAUGGAGUGAUCAUCGUGCCGGAGGAGAUCCAGAACGUGGCGGACGGAUUGAGACCACCUUCACAGUCUAGUGGAGCCACAGAGGGCAAAAGCAGACCGACUGAAAAGCGACAACUGGGGUUUGGCUUUUCAUUGGCGCUCAGCGAAAGCAACUUCCAUGGUGAACGACUGGAGCUCACUGGAUAUUACCCAGACAAGUCGGGUAAGAAUAACAUGUCGGAGGGAGUCAGAUCAAGCAAUGGGGAGUGUUUCAGGUCUGCCAAGAAUAGCUUGGAAUAUGGGAUUGAUACAGAACCGGGCGUGAGUGGCUCACCGGUGUGGAUGCCCUAUCGUGGUCAUGAAACAGUUAUUGCUGUCCAUAAUAACGGACCGGACGCAAAGCGCAAGACAGGACGCAAAAAAGGAAGCAUGGGAGCCCGGCUGAGCAUACAAACCUUGCAGCAGGUCUUCAACUGGGUGGGUGUCCUUCACCGUUGCAAGGCUCUAAAGGCUAUCGAGCAAAGGGGCGAGCCGGCAGAGCCAUUGUAUCUAAAUUUUCUGUCCGAAGAAGAAUACGCUUGGGUUCAUUGGGGCCGAGAGGAAUUGAACUCCGUAUUCAAUAUCUUUCCGGCAUAUGCAUCAACACCAACAAGAAUUGCGGCCCCGCUGUAUGUCUUUCAACAUGUUGCAUCGCCGGAUUGGCCCGAUGACAGGAUGACGCAGCAGUGGGUCUUGUGGGAUGUCAAGUCACGGGGUGUCAAGCUUACAGACAAGCUUCAGCCGCUCUGCUUCGCUGAAUUAGAAAAAGGUAAAGCUGAGAGGAAAGAGAUGACAGCAGAUGUGUUCCAUGUCGUGUUAAGGAUGGGUGUGGGAAAAGGCAGCGAAUUGUUGGCCUUGCGCAUGACAUCGGAGGGGAUGUCAGAGUUGGAUCGAGAAGAGGGGACUUUGGAUGGCCCAGGGCUGACCUUUGAAAAAUGGAUGCACGGGAGACCUAUUCGAUACGUUGCAUUUUACUUAGAGUAG